UGAAGGCCAAAUAAAGCAGAUCACUCAGUCUCCUUUGCGCAAUAGAAUAGAUCUUGAGCUUCAUCAUCUUCCUCUGAAGCUAUAUCUUUCUCGUCUGUAACAAAUGUCAAUUCCUGCAAAAAGACUAGAAGGAAAGGUAGCAUUGAUAACAGGAGCAGCGAGUGGUAUUGGUGAGUGUUGUGCAAAACUUUUUGCCGCACAUGGAGCAAAAAUCAUCAUCGCAGACGUACAAGACCAACUCGGUCAAGCAGUCUCCGAGGCAAUAGGCUCAUCAAACUCAAUGUAUAUCCAUUGUGACAUCACCAAUGAAGAGGAAGUCAAAAACACCAUAGACACUGCAGUCGCCACUUAUGGAAAACUUGACAUCAUGUUCAACAACGCAGGGGUAGCAGAUGCUUUCAAGCCACGCAUUAUAGACAAUGAGAAAAAGGACAUCGAGCGUGUACUUAAUGUCAAUGUCAUAGGAACCUUUUUGUGCAUGAAACAUGCGGCUAGGGUUAUGGUUCCACAGAAAUCAGGCUCGAUUAUAACAACAUCUAGCCUUACUUCACAUCUUGGAGGUAUGGCUAGUCAUGCUUAUUCGUGUUCAAAACACGCGUUAGUUGGUCUAACUAGGAAUCUAGCUGUUGAGCUUGCACCAUUUGGCAUUCGAGUCAAUUGUGUGUCGCCUUUUGGAAUUGCUACACCGAUGACUGCGGAUUUCAUCGGGCUUGAAAGGGAGGUUUUUGAGAAUAUGAUAAAUGGAGUCGCGAACCUUAAGGGUGUGACACAUAAACCAGAUGAUGUUGCAUAUGCUGCCCUUUAUUUGGCUAGUGAUGAGGCUAAGUAUGUAACUGCACAAAAUAUGCUUGUUGAUGGUGGAUUGAGCUAUUGUAAUAACUCCUUCAACAUGUUUAAGUAUCCUGAGGAGGCUGCUUAAGUUGAGAAGUUUGGUAUGUUUUUAAUAUUUUUAAUAAGACAAACGUAUGUGGGUGCAUGCUUCAUUAUUUAUAAUUACAAGAGUUUGUAGCCUAUGACCAUGUUCUUCUAAGUUUAUUAUUUGCCUCAUUAAAUUCUAAAAGUUCUAUUAUUUUGAGUAUUA